CCCUGCCCGUGCGCCCGCCCGGAGCGCUGCCGCAAAGCGAGGCCGGGAAGAUGGCGGCGCGCUGGGCGCUGAGCGCGGGUGCUGCCUGGGCGCGGGGUCUCCUCAGCUGGGCUCGGCCAGAGAGGUGGCUGGCAUCUGGUAGCCUUUUUCCUCUGUCAUGCAUCCACACAAGCACAUCUCUGCAGAGAAUUGGGAAAAUUGGGAAGUGGGAGAAGAAGAACAGGAUUGUUUAUCCUCCCCAGCUGCCUGGAGAGCCUCGCAGACCAGCUGAAAUAUAUCACUGUCGGAGGGAAAUAAAAUACAGCAAAGAUAAGAUGUGGUAUCUGGCAAAACUGAUAAAAGGAAUGUCCAUUGAUCAGGCUCUUGCUCAGCUGGAAUUCAGUGACAAAAAGGGAGCAAAGGUGAUCAAAGAGGUUCUGUUAGAAGCACAGGAAAUGGCUGUAAGAAAGCACAAUGUGGAAUUCAAAUCAAAUUUACACAUAGCGGAGUCGCAGACGGGCAGGGGCCGCUACGUGAAGCGGGUGCGGUGCCACGGCAAGGGCAUGUUUGGCAUGAUGAAAAUCAGCAGGUGCCACUACUUUGUGAAGCUGGUGGAAGGUCCUCCUCCUCCCCCAGAGCCACCAAAGACUGGCUUUGACCAAGCAAAGGAAUACGUGCAGCAGCUGAGAAACAGAACCCUUGUUCACACACUGUGACACACUUCAGUGGCUGUAUCGGUAUCUCUUGUUGGGCAGUGUAAUUGUGGAAAGGAAUAAUUAAAGUCAUGGCUUAGUUAUAUCUUUGGUGCUGCUGGAGCUGGAUAAUGUGAGACAGAUCAUGGGGUUUUUUCUUAUUUGUCAAGUCACGGGUAUGGAAAAAUCUUGGAACAGCAGAUGUUACUUUUUCUGAGUUACUUGGACCACAGCAUUCAAGCUCAACCCUGGACUGUCAAAUCUAAAACAUAUGGUACUUUUAUAAAGCUUGCUGUCUCUGUUAUGUAUGUACUUUUAUUAUAAAACUGUGUGCUUGACAGACAUGUUGCAAGAUCAAGCCUCAAACUAAAAUUUGAUAAAGUAGUUUGGAUUGGAAAAAAACAAGUAACAGUGGACAAAACCAAGUAACAACAAUAUUUGAGAAUAUCAGACAUCAAUUUUUGGUUUAUCUUGGCUGUAACAGUCUUUGUUGUGUGUCUUGGGCAUUGUGUCUAGGAGUGGGAAAUAAAAAGUGCUUGGAAGCUCAG